AAACUUCGAACAUGCCGUAUGUUCUUAUCAGCACUCAAAUCCGUUUGGAAAGUGGUCCAACAGUUGUUGGAGAUGAGUGGAGCGAUAAGAAGCUGAUGGAACAUCUUGGUGCCUCCUUGAUGAAGACACUGGGAAACAAUUUUAUGGAGUAUCGGACACCUGACCCUCCAAGGAUGGUACUGGAUAAGCUAGAGAAGUUGGACUAUCAUGUGGUGUCCAUGACUGGAGUGGGUCAGACCUGCAUCUGGACACUUCAUAAACCUGACCACAACAUAUCAGAUAAAAAGGCUACCAUAUCUAAAGGUGACAGUUGAUAGGAACUGGGCUACGUGAAAUGGAGAUAAGAACAUUAUGGCAAACAUAUAAUGGGAAAAGACUCGCAUCAUUAGGCAACAUGUACUUAUACAAAGCAUGAGGAACACUGUAUGGUAUAAACAUAAACCAACAUAUACAAUAAAUUUACAUAGCAGGAAAGUUAUAUUGGACUCACAACAUAAUACAUACCCUGGUACAUAGCAGGAAUGUUAUACCCUUGUACAUAGCAUUAAUGUUAUAUUGGACUCACAACAUGAUAAAUACCUGGUACAUAUCAUUAAUGUUAUUUUGGACUCCCAGCAUGAUACAUACCUGGUACAUAUCAUUAAUGUUAUAUUGGGCUCACUGCAUUGUAUAUACCUAGUUACAUAGCAGGAAUGUUGUAGUGGAUUCACAUUAUUAUACAUAACCUGAUAUAUAGCAGGAACAUUAUAGAGGACACUUAGUAUUAUACAUACCCUGGUACACAGAAGGAAUGUUAUAGAGGACACUCAGUAUUAUACAUACCCUGGUACACAGAAGGAAUGUUAUAGAGGACACUCAGUAUUAUACAUACCCUGGUACACAGAAGGAAUGUUAUAGAGGACACUUAGUAUUAUACAUACCCUGGAACACAGAAGGAAUGUUAUAGAGGACACUCAGUAUUAUACAUACCCUGGUACACAGAAGGAAUGUUAUAGAGGACACUCAGUAUUAUACAUACCCUGGUACACAGAAGGAAUGUUAAUAAAGUAGAAGAUACACAGUGUUACACCCUGUCACACAUUCAUCAGGAAUAUUAUUAAGACUCACAGUAUUUAAUUUUAUCAUAUCAUGGGACCACAAUAAAUUCACAACUGAUUUUGCCUGAAAACUGUAUAAUUAUACUAUACAUAGCAUGGUUAUAAUUUAUUGCACAAGAAACAUAUUCUUGCCAUAUAUCAAAUCAUAUUACUUUGAAUGUGAUUUAUGAAACCUCAACAAGUAUGAAACAAAUAGGUGUUCAUAGAUUCAGAAGUUCAAAAUCGGAAACCCUAUGGCUUCAUGUCCAAAAUCUAAAUAUGAUAACAAUUCUCAAAAGUGACUUGGCAUAUUGCUGAGCAUUUUAAUGAUGGAUGACUUCGAAUAUUGCUGAGCAUUUUAAUGAUGGAUGACUUUGAAUAUUGCUGAGCAUUUUAAUGAAGGUUGAUUGGGAAAAUUGCUGAACAUUCCAAUGAAAAAUUACUUGGUAUAUUGCUGAGCUUUCCCAUGUUGUCAGUUUUUGUCUAGAUUAUGUCUUUAGACAUUUUAUUUUGCGGAUUUAUUAUUGUAUCAGUAUGGUGUUGGGGUUUUUUUUGUCUGAAAGACGGUGUAGGUUGUAAUGGUAUGAGAUGGGAAGUGAUGAAGGUCUUGAUUGUAGGAGAGAUAGUGUAGGUCGUAACUGUAGGUGAGAAGGUCUAGGUCAUAACCGUAAGAUAACUGAUGUAAAUUGUACAUGUAAUAGUGCAAUUGUAGGAGAGGUGAUGUAAGUGGUAUUUGUAUGGAUGAUGGUGUAGGUUAUAAUUGUAUGACUGUUCAAGAAGACAAACUUCAUAUGUUUUGUAUGUAAGUAGCUAAUGUGGAUCUGAUCUUCUGGAAACUCUACAUAAGA